AUGCCUCAUCCAUUGUUCGUGAUCCUGGUCGAUGACGUAAAUAAGCCGUUCCAAAACACUCUCAUAUCAAUAAAGAGCUACAAACAUAUAGAACGGGGAUUGGAGCUUUGCCCUGGAGAUGGCUGGAGGGGCGGAGGCGUGGCUCGGUCCCCGUCGCACGAGUCCGUCACCACAGAACUGAGUUUGUUCAGUGUGUCCUCGGCAGCUAGUGAUGCUAAAGUACUAAGACUACUCGCUUGCAGGGCGGGCCAAGGUCCCGAUCCUUCUCUAAGGGUUGCCAGCCCCAAUCCUGAUGGAAAAGCUUUCAAAUGUGGCUCGGGCCCCUUACCUCAGUCAGACGCCAGUCGGGAGCUCCUAGCUGGCUGCGCGGCGCUGUGUGCUCAGUUAGGGCUCCGAAGGUCGUUCAGUGCGGAUGACGCGGGCGCAGCCCUGGGCGGAGGCAAGCCGGUCAGGGGCGCCACGUCAGAGCUGGGUUUAUCCGCGGCGUUGGAGGCCCUCACCAUGAGCGCAGCCUCACGGUCAUGUAGCACAUGGGUAGCAGUGGGCGGCUCACAACUCCCUUCUCCACAGCGAGCCCCGCCGGCCCCGCCCAGGGUCCACGCUGAUAAUAAAAAGGUCCGCCAGAACUACAUAAAGCGUCGCCUGUUAACCACAUACAGAGCCCUGGAGCGCCUCUCGCAGUCAGAGUUUAAUUUGGACAAGUUGGAGGUGGCGGCCGGCGCCGGGGGAGUCACACUAGCUGUGCCUACCACCAGCGCCCCAGAAGCAGCUCAAUUGGCGCUGACCGCGUCUGAGUUGGAACGGGAACGAGGCCGUCCGCUCUCCAAGUACGAAAGGAACAUGAUGAUAUUCAACUGGCUUCACACCCUGGACGACGCAGCGCCAUUCUAG